AUGAAGUUUACACCGUCGAUCGAUCCAAAAAGGCCGAAGUUGUUCGAUACAAAUGCCAAAGUCCACGUGAAAUUUGACGGCGAUUCGAACGUAGCAGUCAGUGUCCCAACAACUGUCAUUCAGGUGGCCACCAAGAAACGAUCUUCCGAUCAAGCCGAGAUCGACAGUAAAGAUAACAGUAACAAAGACGACAGCAACAAGAAACGAAAAGCAGGAAAGAGCUCUUCGUUCCCGUCUUCUAAGAAAGCGAAAAAUGGAUCAACAGCCAUCCAGAUACCCGGUCAAGAUGCCAAAAAGACGCAGAACGGCAAAACAAAAAAAGAUGCAAAAGCAAAGUAUCGAGGCAGUGAAAAAAAGAAGCUUACUGAAGAAGAAGUCAAGGAGAAAGUGAGAAAGAUUCGUGAAAAGAAGCGACAACGUCAACUUGCUAAGAAAGUUGUCGAUGGCGUCAAGGUUGACGUACCCACUCUUCGUCUGAAGCCUGACUCUGUGAAGCAAAAGAUAUCACUGUCGAGUAUACGUGAUCUCAUCUUGUACAGCGUUACCCAGGCGAACCCUCCUUCAUGGGCCACUAUUACACACAGGGCAUCCAUCAAGCACACUGUCGUUAUUUUUGUUCACGGUUUGGACAUCAUAUCAUUUGGCGCACCUACCCAUCGUAACAACGUUCCCCAUUCCAUUGAUACUAGCGCUUUGGAUACGGCAUCGUCAACCGGCAGGGCUGCGAUGCCCUUUUUUACCAGCUGCUUUUCGCAUAUGUUUGUCAGUAAGCUGACCGGUGGAAGUGGAAAGGUGUUCUCGCCCGUCUCUGAAUUGCUCCAAUGCCCAGUCGGAAACAAUGAGCAUGAACGUCAAAAGAAGGCGUCGAACGAACGUUUGAAGAAAUACGAAGAUAAUUUGAACGAAUACUAUAUACUGACACUCGAUGAUAUGAAGGCAUCAGGAUACCCUAUCCCAACGUUCCUGGAUCCACAAGCAGCGAUUGACGAUGACUGGAAGGAAACACGGGCCGUAAAAGAACCUAUUCCCAAGAAAAAACUGAUUGCCAUUGAUUGUGAGAUGGUUGAGACCGCAGAAGGCAAGGCAUUAGCUCGUGUCACCUUGGUUAACGAAGAUGGAAAUACAUUACUAGACGAAUACGUCAAACCUAGCGAACCCAUUUUGGAUUAUUUGACGCAAUACAGUGGUAUCACACCGGAGAUCAUGAAAAAGACGACAUGCUCACUGCGUCGAGCACAGAAACACGUGCGCAAAUACGUUGAUCACAACGUAAUCUUGAUCGGCCACGGCUUAGAAAACGAUUUACAUGCACUCAAGCUGUCACACCCUUACUGUGCCGAUACAUCGAUUCUUUACGAUAGUUUCAAAGGCAAACCCUUCAAACCAGCCUUGCGUCACUUGUCACGUAAUCUCCUUAAACGUGUUAUCCAGCACCAAUCCAAAGUGGGUCACGAUUCAGCCGAAGAUGCGCGUGCCGCACUCGACCUAUUCAAGCUCAAAGUGAAACGCGGGCCUGACUUUGGCCGAUUCGGUAAUGGCUCUGAGCUCAUCUCUGAUCGAUUACACAAGCACACGCCACCCAAAUCAAGCGCGCUGCUUGAAGCAUCUGAAACGCCCAAUGGCGUCUUUGCUUCCAGCACUUCUUUGAAUUACAAGCACUACGACUCUGAAGAUAAUUUGAUUGAAAGCACAAUCAAGGCUGCAAGUACCCAUGAUUUUGUGUUUUCUCAAUUCGAUACGCUGCGUCCAAAAAACAAGAAGAAGCAAGGCCCAGCUGAUAUGCCAGAAGCAGCACCCACUGUGAUUUCCACAGAGAUAGCUAGUGGCAACUACGAUGAAGCGGCAAGAAUGACACGGUUCGACAGCUACUUUCAGCAAAUGUAUAAAGGUUUCCCAUCCGGAACAUUGGUCCUAGUACUGGGCGGUUUGGGCAAUGAGCCUCGCUAUCAUGAGUAA